UCGUUGCGGGGUGACCUCUCCUCUACCUCGGCGAGGGUGCCUCCUCCGCGCCGGGUUCUCCUCUCGGAGUCCUCUGUCGAGUGCUCGCGCGAGCGGACGGCCAUUCGGGCCGCGAGUCCGAUGUCCGUGUAAGGGUUGAAUAAGCAUUAACGACGACGAUCUGUUCGCCGAGAGGAACAAUUCCGAGUCUAGCGAGUUUCGCGAUCGCCGGAGAUAAUCUUCCUUCUUUUUGGGAGAUCUCGCCACUCCUCGAAACUACACCCGUGAUUCGCGGAAAUUCUACGAGCCAUGCCGAGAGACGUAACGAGAGCUCAAAAUCGAUCCGCCGAGACUUCCCUGGGGCUGGAGUUCAUUAAAGUUGAUUAAAGUUGCCUGUCGAUGGCGACGAAUGGAGCGCGUUUGUAUCUUCCGUGCAACGGGACUCAACCGUGAUGCCAGGGGUGUUACGCGCAUGUAAAGUUUCACGAUUUGGCUUAGUUCGCGCUUAAGGAUCAGACGAGUCCGCGUAGAAACACACAGUGAGUGUAAUCUAAUAAUACUUUGAUGCUCUCCCCUUCACGUUACAUAUCGCGAAGAGGGUUUACCAUCUAAGCGCUCCAUGCUUUCUACAGAGACAGAGACAUCACGAAGAAUUCCCUAAAUCAACAAAAUAGACAUUGCCAAGACCGUACGACGUUUUCCCGCAAGAAGCUCGGCAUUUUUCCGCAGCAACGGAAUGGCGAGUAGCACGAAGAGUAAUUUAAAGCUUUAAGAUUCCUCGCGCGAUCUGCUUCGAGAGGUACCUAUAACGUUCUGUUUCACAUCCUUCGAUGCGGAACCUACCUAUCUCGUCACAAAGAGUGCCUCAUCUAUUGUAAUUCGCACACGGCAGUGUGCAGGUUCAAUAACGCGACUGACACUUUUCAUACUCACCGUAAUCAGUUUUGGCUUGGUAAUUUCGCACGAAGCAGCUCUCGAGUAGCACAUAAUUUUCGCGGGCCCUUCAAGACACGAGUCUGAAGGAAAGGGAGCGACCGAUCGAUCGUCGUAACGAAGCUUUGCGUAGAGACAAAGCAGGGAAAAAAGGGACGCUCCGGUGAAAAAAAAAAGAGGACGACGAUCCUCUUCCCCGCGCGCGAGAAGCGAACGAUCCUCUCGGGAAAGAGCAUCGAGACGCGUAAGGAGCCUCGUAAGGGAUCUCUCGUCCUCGAGACAAACGAGUUCUUUUCAUCCGAGAAAAUCACGGGCUAGAUCCUGCUCUCUUCGAUCUCGAAGAAAACACCUGCAGGAUUAAAUCAGCAAGAGACGUUGAGCGUUGCUCGGAGAUCGUUUAUUAAGCCCCGGGCUUGUACUUCGCUAUUCUUCGCUGAUGUGGCGGUCCCCUUUCGUGUACGCGAAACACAUUCCUCGUUUACGUCGACGAGGUGGUCCGUUCUAUCGUGCAUUGUCGUCUCGAUUGUUACGAAAGCCGGGCACGAGAUAUCUCGGAGCCGUAAUUAAGGAUACAAUUAAUGGCCCGCCAAUUAAAUAUAAUUAACUCGAUAGUUAGAAUGCGGUGGCCUCUGUCUGCCAAUUAGCGCGUUAGCGCCUUAUCGAUCAUCGACCGUCUCUGCGAAGCGCGUCACGAUCGAGACAAUAAAAUCGAUCGUAGAUGAUCGCGAGCGUUGCGAGGCCGAAAGCUCGUAACCCGAAUCGAAGAGAAGAAUAGUAAUUUGAGAGAACGAGAGCGUUUUCGCUCAGCGAAAAGCUGGAGAAUCGAGAUAACGUGCUAACGAGGGACGAUUAAUGAUCUUUCGGGGUCGAUAACAUAUCGUUGUCUUUCUCUCUUCGGCGAAAUCGCUCUCUUUUCGACGCGACCACUUUCAAUAAAGAGGUCAACCGCCCUCCCUUGAGGAUCGCCUUUUAUACUUCAAUAUAUACACGAACUGCACGAAAAGAAAGCUGCAAGAAAGCGAAACUCGUUAAAGAAUGUUCACAAAAGACUACCGUGAGAUUAAUUUCCCGACCCGCGCCGAUCAUCGUGUUGAAUCGGGUUGUUCGAGAGCACUUCAUAAACUAGACAGGCUCCCCGGACGAGUAUUUUCCUCAAGAUCGUUUCGUUCGACGCGACAGUGAUUAUCGGCGGACGAUCUUUUUGCCAAUCUUCAUCACUGCCGGCUCCGAAAGCGAUUCGGAGCUAAAGGAUGCGACUCUCCUUCGCGGUUUAAGCCUUCGGAAGUCGUCGAGACCCCACCAGCGAGGAAAGGACAACGUCGCGAGCGGCAGGAGGGACGGAGAAUGCCGGCAGGGUGCACGUGACGAACGGAGCUUCCCUCCAGGUUUGCACGCACGCUGAGGUGGAGGAUGGAGGAGCUGGAGACGCUGGAGAGCACGGAGUGCCCGGAGUGCCCCGGGCCACCCCCUGAGUUCCGGUUGCCGCCGCCUCCCCGGCCGCCCUUCCUCACCGAGGGCACCUUCUGCUCGGAAUCGCCUCUCGCCGAGCUCGAAGACUGCGUUGCUAUCCCGAUGAUCGACGCCUCUUAUCAUACGAAUCCAUCGCUGCAAAGCACUGCCCUGAUCAUCACCUGCGCGGUGGUUCUACUACUGAUGGCCGCGAUCGUGUCCGUCGUCUUCUGGAAGCACAAGCGGAAAGUGCAAAACCUGCUGCCGUGCAAGAGCGCAGCGGGCGCGGCGGCAGUCGCCGGGCGAGGCCGCGUGCUGCCGGACGGCCAGCCGCAUCCGGGCCCCGGCAUCGGUGGCGGCGGUGGCGGCGGCGGCGGCGGCGGCGGCGGCGGCGGUGGCGGCGGCGCCGCCGUCCUCUACGAGGAUCUGCCGGAUCACGCGGUGUCGCACUCGCAGCUGCACAACCACCUGCCGGCGGGCCACGGCCAGGCGCCGACGAUCGAGAUGUUGGACGUCAAGGAAAGUGGAAGAGGGGUGUUCGUCUGCAGUAGCCCCGGUCCUGAUCCUUACACAUCGCAGGACCUCUAUAAUCCUGUCUACGAGGAGCUCAGCAACGGGGACCAUCCGGAGACGGACGAGGAGAGCGAGCUGAACGCCCGCAAUCGUCUACAUCACCAUCACCAUCAUCAUCGUCAUCAUCACCGCACGUCCAACGCAUCCAAGCCAGCGAGCGAGGACGAGUUCGCCGAGGACGAGCUGUCGAUGGGAGAACCGUCCGAGGCGAGGAUGCUCACCUCGAGCGGUGGUCCUGUCUGGGGCACGUGUCCCGCUGGUGGCAGGCAACCACGCGAGCGACGUGGUCGCAGCCCCAGAAGUCUCGACAGACGCAGACGGGACAAAAAUCACGAUGUGGGCGAGUUCCACGAGGGCAUGCUGCUGGACGCGCUGCUUCAACUCUAUCCUAGCGUCGCGGGUGUGGCCGGUACUCGAACAGGCAACAACAUCGCCCAACGUCAACAGUCCGUCCCAUCGGUGGCGCACAGGUUACCGUAUUUCGUGCCGCCUUUGCCGGCAGCACAAGCCCCGCGGCUCGAGGAGAACCCGUACGAAAGCGUGCCGGUUCUAGGUCCGUUGCAUCGCUAUUCUAGCCAGAACAGAAGUAGCAAGGAGCGCUCGUCCCGCAGCAUCAAAUCGUCCGGCAGCGACAAGUACAAGUACCUAUCGUCGUCGCAGCAACAGCAGCAGCAGUAUGGCGGCGAUUAUUACGGCCUGCAGAGUCAGUCCGAUGUCACGACGCCACUCUACACCCAGGUGGGCGGCGAGUAUUCGGAUACGUACUCGCAGCCGACCGACCGACUCUUCGGCGACGACAAGUACAGCCAGCCAGUGUAUUACACUAACUCGACCCGGGACGCAGCGUGUGAUCAAGUGACUACUGCUGGCAGAUUGUACCAGGGUCAACCUGACAGCAGCUUUGGCAGCGAUAGUGGCUACAGUCAUCACACCUCCGGCACCACCGGUACCAGCGGCACCCGCGGCAGUAACUCCCGGACGAAUCAUCGCAGGGACAAGCACCGAAACUCGCAUCACUCGCAUCAUUCCGCGGACUACAUUAUGUCCUAAUGGAGGACCGAGCGUAUUCUCCUCGAAAUGUACUCUUGUUGAGAAAAGAAAGAGAGAGAGAGACGAUGAGAGAUUGUAAAAGUCUUUCUGCCACCAGUCACAAUGGAUUGACGAGCACGUUUAAUAGAGAAAGCGGCUGAUGCCGACUCGGCUGUGCUAAACUGCUGUAUUUUGAUACUUCGACGUCCACGGUUAAGAGUCAAUAAGGAUAUUCUGAUUACUACGGCUGGUCGAAUCGUGACGACCGUGAUAUAUUCACAUGAUAGACUUGAUUCGAUAGUCGGAGCGAAGAAAUUCGCGAGCAAGUGACGAGAUUAGGACGACAGGAACGCAGUGAUCUCUUAGUGAUUUAUACAUGUAGCCGAUACUAUUGCAAGACUAUCUAACAAAUUUAUUUGUAAUCUAAUGAGACUCAGGCUGCUACCAAAGGACGCUAACAAUUACUUUUAUCUUUUUAGUCUAAUCGUUUGUAAUUUAUACGUAGAGAGAAAUAAUGCGUUAAUCUGAACGAGUCGUUCUCGUCCUCGUCGUCGCCCGCAAAUUGUGCGACUACCAAUCACAAAGAAAAAGUACUGAAGUCACUUUAGACGAUCAAUCCUAUUACCCCUUUCGAGCGAUCCGCAAACAAUUUUGCAAAUAAACAAUCGCGCGAAAUACUUGAUUAUUCGCCAAGUAUUAAAAUGUAACAUUAAUUUUCAAAAUAAAUUCAAAAUAAAUAUUUAAAAUAAUAUGUAUAAGUUGAAAUAGUAUUAAUAGAUGGUGAGGUAAAAUAGC